GCGAUUCAUGUACCGGUCAAGAAAGUACAUUUAUCAAAUUUCGAUUUGGCAUACCACCAUAUAACCUUUAGAUUCAAGCUAUUUUUAAAUUUACACUUGUCUUAUCAUCAUUCGACUCAAAGAAUUGAGCUAGCGUAAUACACGAAUUAAUUAUGGAAAAGUAUUGGACAAUAUUUAUUUUCGUCAUAUUUAGAGUUGGGUGUCGGUCAGCUCUAACUACGUUUGGAAAAGCUUCGUCAGGCACAUAUGUGAAUGGCGUUGGCGUGGUUUAUCCACCAACAAGUACGGAAGAACCACUCACAAAAGUUUAUCAUGUGUACUCGGAAUUUACCGCAAAUUGGUAUCGAGCAUAUCAUUAUUGUGCUCAACAUAAUAUGCAAUUAGCAACCAUUAAUUCACAAUCCGAAUAUAAUCGUCUUAAAAGGCAAAUCACUGAGACUAAGUUUAGUGAUAACUUCUGGAUAGGAUUAACGAAACUUGGUAAUUCCAAGUUUUACUGGUUCGGAUAUAAAGAACCAGCCACAUUCGCCCCUUUGGAAUUCUCGCAAUGUUCUGAUUGUUCUUGUGCGGCCAUCAAUAUCGAGAAAGAAAAUUUGUCAAUAGCCUCAUGCGAAAGAUUGAGUUAUUUUAUUUGCGAAAGUAGCAUUUCUGAUUAAAAUAACACCACUUUAUCAAUCCGAAAACAUUUACAAGAAUAAAAUUGCGACA